UCACUCAUCGCCGUUUCUGCGGGCCUCAUCGGUGGCGCCCAUGCCUUCUGGCGCAUGGAGUGUCCGGGUCGUGUGGGACUCGCGCGACUUGACCCCAUCGUUGACCCGGGCAAGAUCUCGAUGCAUGCGCAUUCUAUUCACGGUUCUUCAGGAUUCUCCGAUACCUCCAGCACUGACGAACUCCUCAACGGUGACUGCACUUCAUGCCGAGUCACACAAGACAAGUCUUCCUACUGGCAUCCUGCCAUGUACUUUCAAGAUGGCGAGACUGGAGAGUUUGAGAUUGUCCCACAGGUGGGCGGUAUGCUGGCCUACUACCUCCUGUAUGGCGACAAUGUGACCGCCUUCCCCCCCGGCUUCAGAAUGUUGUCUGGUACAAACACACGAAGAACCUACACGGCGGGUGACCCGAGCAAGCCUGACCCAGAGAAGUCUACGUGGCAAGCUCUUGGUGAGACUGAUCAGGACACACUCGCUCAGCGCGCUCUCGGCUUCAACUGCUUGAACUAUGCACGAGACCCAGAAGGAACCCUCUACCGCCACUACAUGCCCGACAAGCAGUACCUCGAUGCGAACUGCAAGGAUGGCCUCCGUCUCGAGAUCAUGUUUCCGUCCUGCUGGAAGGGAGGCGACGCGCUCGACAGCGCCAACCACAAGGAUCACGUUGCAUUUCCCGACUUGGUCAUGACCGGAACCUGCCCCGAUGAUUAUCCCGUUCGCGUGCCCAGCCUCAUGUAUGAGGUUAUCUGGAACACCAAUGCCUUCGCCGACCGACCUGGCCGAUUUGUCUUGGCCAACGGAGAUACCACUGGCUAUGGAUAUCACGCAGACUUCAUUACCGGUUGGGAUGAAGACUUCCUCCAGCAGGCCAUCGAAACCUGCACCUCUGAGACUGGACUGAUCGGUGCCUGCCCUCUCUUUGACGUUGUUAGCGAAAGCGAGGCCACCUCUUGCAAGAUGAACCUCCCCGACAGCUUGGCCAAGGAGGACGUUCUUGGUCCUAUGAAGCAGCUACCCGGCGGUAACCAAGUCUCUUAUGGAGAUGGCUCGGACGGCGGUGCUAGCAAGGACCCAGGCCCUACCGGUGAUGCUUCUGUUCCCACCUUGACCUACCAUCCCGGCGAUAGGCCCGAGAACUCUGCAUCACCUCUCCCAGGUCAGGUUUUCAAGGAGAAGGCGGCGGCCUACGAGGCCUCGGCUCCUGCACCUGCACCUACUUUGGAGACAACAGCCAAUUUACCGAUCUCUUCGAUCGCUCAAGCUCCCGAAUCUGUUCCUACGUCCGGCCCCCCUCCUGUCCCCACGACCACUCCUGCGCCCGAAUUGGAGCCAACGACCGACACCAAGAGCUACUGGAGUACCCAGUACGUUACCAACGGCAACCUUGUGAGCAAGAUUCUCUGGGAUGAGGAGCUUGUCUACGUGACCGAGCUGGAGGCCGAGACUGUCGUUGUCACAGUGACAUCAACAGCUGUUGUGACCCCCACAGCGCCCGCAGCAAGACGGAGACGUCGGGGUGCUCACCUUCACAGCCACGGACGU